AACGCUUUACGGCUCUGUUGACAUUCGCAGCUGCGCUGACCCUUUCUCUUCGGUCGCAGUUCACAUUUCUCGUUAUGGUUUAGCUCCCUGUGAGUAAAUGAGUGUUUUUGAUCUGUUCCGCGGCUUCUUCGGGGUCCCAGGAGGCCACUUCCGAGGCACAAGGGACCCCUUUUUUGAUGCAAUGACUCACGAUGACGAGGACGACGACGACGACGAUGAGGAAGAUGGGUUUCACCAUGACGGAUUCGGAGGGGACCAGCAGGACCCCUUCGACGGAGCCUGGAGGUUUGGCUUCAGCUUCGGUCCGGAUGGGGCGAGGUUCCAGGAGCCCGCCGUGUUUGGACACGUCCUCAGAGAGAUGGAGGAGAUCUUCUCCCAGCUGGGUCGCUGGGAGGGGCAUCCGGAGUCUGGACACUUUGGUGUCCCCAGAAUCCUGCCGCCCUCUCCGCCUCAGGACCGAUCAGAGAGGAGCGGAGGCAGCGGGAACCCUCUGAGAGACUUCAUGCUCAAAUCGCCCGACAGCGACAUCCGAAGGUCGCGCCAGGAGGACCCGAGCGAGGCCCGACCUUCCUUCGAGUCGCCAGAUUUCCCCCGCACACCUUUUAACGGCUGGAGCCCUUUUUCUAAGUUCAAUGAUUUUUGGGGACCGGGGCCACAGAGAACUCCCGAGCCUAAAGAAGACAGAGAUCUGGACUCUGCCGUGUCAUCAGGGGGCCUCGAUCAAAUCCUGACUCCGCCCGUCGGUCAGACCCCGAGCGAACCCAGGAGCCGAUCUUUCUUCCAGUCAGUCGUCGUCACCAAGGUGGUGAAACCCGAUGGGACUGUGGAGGAGAGGCGGACGGUCAGAGACGGACACGGCAACGAGAAGACCACCGUGACCCGCACAGGAAGUCCCGGGAGGCUGGAGGGACCGGACCAGACCGGACCGGGGAUCCCUGAUGACUCUGCUCACUUCUCAGACCUGCGGGACGACGAGUCGUUAUUCUCCAGGUUCUUUGGAGGAUUUAAAUAAGGAUAAAGUGUCCUCUCUGGACUGGUUGACGCCGUUUAACCUUCAGGGGCGGAGCUUCUGUCGAGCUGUGAGGUUGUUGUUGUUUUUUUUAAGGGCAGCUCAAUGCCCUUAAAAAAAUGUCGCUGGCUAAAAUAGGAUCUGUAAAGCAGUCGCUUCCAGACUGAACAGUCCUGGUAAAUGUUUUAUUUUUGUAUUGUUAUGUAAAAAAAAGAUGGAAGAUGGAUGGAAGAAGUGAGAAAAGAAUCAAAUAAAGACAUAAUAUAUUUA